AAGUAUGAUGACGUGACAUGAAUCUCAAGACGUGGCUGACAUUUGCUGACAGAACGUGUUUUGUCAUUUGUAUGUUCUUGGCUGCGUCUGCUAACGCGACCCGAUUUUAAUUUCAUUUAGGUUUGUGCAGUAUUAAAACAGACAAAUUAUAACACAUCAUGGAUCAAAUCGCAAAAUUUAUUGAGCCAGGCAAGCAGUUCUCUAAGGAUUCUAUCAGACUAGUUAGAAGAUGCACGAAGCCUGACAGAAAAGAAUUCCAAAAGAUCGCCAUUGCCACAGCCAUUGGUUUCUGCAUCAUGGGCUUCAUCGGUUUCUUUGUAAAGCUGAUACAUAUUCCCAUCAACAACAUCAUUGUUGGUUCAUAGGCUGUUAGUUUUAGUUAGAAUAUUUACUAUAAGCUCCUCAACUGGCUAAGUUAACUCUCACACACCAUUCUUAUAUUUUAAAAUAAAUUAUUUUUGAUUUUUUAA